CGCACACGCUCAGAGGCUCAGUGGCACUUUCGCUCACUCACUCACUCACUCACACACACACACACACACACACACACUCCCUCAUACACAGGCACGCUUGGCGGAGGUGGUGGCGACCGACGAUUCUCUGCUUCAUUUCUUAACACACCAGCUCUGGGUGCAAACUCAGGAGGGGUGUUUUGAGAAAUUGAACAGCUUCUCGGGAAGAGUGCCAGACGGAAUACGAUUACCGAAGGCACUCACUUCAAACAACGCUGACAAGUACUGCUGACGCGCAGACUCUUACAGCCCAGCCCACACUACAAUUCUUUAUAGAAUGGGAAAGUCUGAAAGCCAAAUGGACAUAAUGGAGAAAUCAGCCAAACCCGGAAAACAUCGCUGGAGUAUUGCCGAGAUCGGGCUGUCGGUGCUGCUGUUACUGGUGAGCUGUGCGCUGGUAGGACUCAUCGUCCUCUACACGGCCGCAAUGCGAGAAAGGACGGGCAGAAUUGGUGUAUCCAAGGGCACGGUCACUGAAGGGCUAAUGUACCGUUCCAGUGUCAACAACAUAUGCACCACUUCAGACUGUGUCACAGCAGCGGCCAGGCUGCUCCAGAACAUGGACCCGCGUGCGGAACCGUGCCAGAACUUCUACCAGUAUGCCUGCGGUGGGUGGCAGGAGCGGCAUGUGAUCCCUGAAACCAGCUCCCAUCACAGCGUGUUCGACAUCCUCCGCGGCGAGCUGGAGAUCGUACUCAAGGGGGUGCUGGAGACGCAGAGUGAGCAAGACCGGGACGCCUUCAGGAAAGUCAAGCUGCUCUACAGCUCCUGCAUGAAUGAGAGUCUCAUUGAGCAGCGCGACUCCCAGCCUCUGCUGAAGCUCAUCGAGAGCGUUGGAGACUGGCCAGUGGCCUCGGACGACUGGAACAGCACAGCAGAAGAUUCCUGGAGCCUGGAAGACACUCUGGCCACCCUCAUAACCCGAUUUCACAAAAAGGUCCUGUUGGACAUGUUUGUGUGGACGGACGAUCAGGACUCCAGCCGUCACAUCUUACAUAUCGAUCAGCCAGGACUGGGUAUGCCCUCCAGAGACUAUUACUUCAACGAUGGAAACUACAAAAGGGUGAGAGAGGCCUAUCAGCAGUUCAUGGUUGCCAUGGUGAGGAUUGCCCGUGAGGACAGGAACCUGACCCAGGACGACGAGCGUGUGUGGGAGGAGAUGAUGCAGGUGAUGGAGCUGGAGAGAGACAUUGCCAAUGCCACUACGCCAGCUGAAGAACGUCAUGACAUCACCGUUCUGUACAACAAAAUGACCCUUACCGAGCUGCAGGAGAACUUCGGCCUCAAUGGCUUCAACUGGACACGCUUUGUGCAAGGCGUCCUGUCCAGUGUGUCCAUAACAGUCCAACAGGAAGAGGAGGUGGUGGUGUAUGGUGUCCCUUACCUGGAGAGGCUGAAUGAUGUCCUCUCCAAAUACGAUCGCAGGACUCUGCAGAAUUAUGUCACCUGGCAGAUCAUCCUGGAGAGAGUCAGCGGUCUGAGCCGACGCUUCAAAGACGCUCGAGCACACUACAGAAAGGUCUUGUUUGGUACCACAGUGGAAGAGGCUCGUUGGCGGGACUGUGUGCGGUAUGUGCAGGGCAGCAUGGUCAACGCCGUCGGUGCCCUCUAUGUCCAGGACGCCUUCGCUGGAGACAGCAAACGCAUGGUCAGUGACCUCAUCCGAAUGAUGCAGGCAGCGUAUAUGGACACCCUGGAGGAGUUGAACUGGAUGGACACCGCUUCGAAGGAAAAGGCUAGAGAGAAGGUGUUGGCAAUCAAGGAACAGAUUGGCUACCCUGACCACAUCCUGGAAGAAAACAACCAGAAACUGGACGAGGAGUAUGCCCACCUUAACUUCAGCGAAAACUACUUUGAGAACAUUCUGCAAAACCUGCAAGCUGGGGCGAAGAAGAGUUUAAAGAAGCUCAGGGAGCCAGUGGACCCAAACAUGUGGAUCAUUGGUGCAGCUGAGGUGAAUGCUUUCUACUCUCCAAACAGAAACCAGAUAGUUUUCCCUGCUGGAAUUCUACAACCACCAUUCUUCAGCAAGAACCAACUUCAGGCUCUCAACUUCGGCGGAAUUGGAAUGGUGAUUGGCCAUGAAAUCAUUCAUGGCUUUGAUGACCACGGCCGUAACUUUGACAAGGAUGGGAACAUGUAUAACUGGUGGAGUAACUACUCAGCGGAGCACUUUAAAGAGCAGUCCCAGUGUAUGGUGCAUCAGUACGGAAACUUCACCUGGAAGCUGGCCGGAGGUCAAAACGUUAGCGGCAUCAGCACUUUGGGGGAGAACAUUGCUGAUAAUGGAGGAAUUCGUCAAGCAUAUAAGGCGUACCUUAAAUGGGUUGAGAGGGAGGGCGAGGAGCCUCAACUGCCUGGUCUCAACAUGGACCACAAACAGCUCUUCUUUCUCAACUUUGCCCAGGUAUGGUGUGGUGCCUAUAGGCCUGAAUUUGCCAGCCAGUCUAUCAAGACAGAUUCUCACAGCCCUCUAGAGUACAGGGUUUUGGGGUCCCUGCAGAAUUUUGAGGCAUUCUCCGAGGCAUUCCAGUGCCAAACAGGAGCCCCCAUGAACCCGGAGGUGAAAUGCAGAGUGUGGUAGCCAUUUCUGCCCCUCCUCUUCUUCUUCCUCCUCCUCUGCGGAUGGAUUCACUUUGUGAUUCGGGCAGCAGCUGCUGUAGGUGCCUAAAAGUCAUUUUGAGCCACGACCAUACCCAACAGUGGUACACUGCCUUAUACCUCGCCUGGUUCCCCUGAUAUGGUGAAUAUAGAUACCUACCUUGAUGUGUGUGGUGUACACUGGCUGGUAUAUACAUGUGAUGUGCAAGAGCCCAGAGAUUGCCGUGUUGUGCAGAGGUGUAGCUUUCAGUGCACAGUUGCAGAUGUGAGGGCGUGAGGAAAGAGACCUGCUUUCGCCUGUGUGCUGCUGCUGCUUAAAUUGUAGCUUUUAGUCUAUUGUUGGAUCUGUUUUUUCCUGUUCUUGUUGCCAAGUGACUGUUACAUCGAUAUAUAUGCUCUUAAGACAUGUUUGGAUUGAUCAUCUUGUACGAUGACGCGGUCAAAAUGUUAGGAUCUGUACAAGUCUCUCAUCAUAUACAGCAAAUUAUACUGAAUGUGUUUGAUGGCCUAAUUGGCCAUUAUUUGAGGUUUGCUUAAUUUAGCGUUUUUAAAAAUCAGAUCCACAAUAUAUAUCUUCUUCGAUGUUAUCUUCAGUCUUUCACAGUUUAACGCUUGAAAUCAAGCUGUGUGGUUUUUUUUCACGGACUGGGUACUUUCAAAUAAAGGGCAGGUUUUUACAGUGUUCUAUUUGCAUGAUUGAAAUUUGCAAACGGACACACUGAGUAACAAUCAGACACCGUUGAUUGUGACCAGCAUGAAGGAUUUACUGCAUUUGUAACAGGGCUGAUACAGACUAUACAAAUUUAGCUGAAGACUCUAUGACUGUUAACUUUUACACACACAGCUUUAACCGAUCGGGUUCAGUGUCCACAUUGACAGAUUGUUUGGAUUUUGGGGAGGAUAAAGGUUCAAUAAGAUCUCAUUUAUUUCACAAGAAAAGCCUCAAUUGAUAUUAUUUGAAAUGUACACUUAUUGUUGAUUAUAUCAUGAAACUGCCUCAGUCUGUACAAAAAAAAUAUAUAUCUAUAUACAUUGGAGGCACUGAAUGUUUUAUGGGGAAUGAAUCUGAAGCAUACAGAAGGCCCCUUUUCUGAUGAAGCUCCUGAUAAUGAUGGCUAAUCUGAGAGAUUACCUUCAUACCUGUGCCUCAAAAGUUUAGUGUUGACAGUGCCUGUAAUUCCCUGUGCCAUCAGUCAGAAAGAGAGAGACUAGACAGAAAGGGAGAUAGAGAGAGAGAGAGAGAGAGAGAGAGAGAGAGAGAGAGAGAGAGAGAGAGAGAAGCAGCAGCCUUAUGUUAUGCCAAGGAAUGUUCCCUUGUUCUGCUAUCAACCCACCUGUGAAACAAGACAGGCUUUGUUAGUUUGGGAAGGAAAAGCAUUCUGUACACAUUCAAGGCCUGAAGGAGAACUGGGCGACCUCUGUUUAGUAAUUUGCCCCUCCUUCUGUUUCUGAGGCCAUUCCAAAGUGGGUUUACCCUAGAGGUUGAUGCGGAGAUGGCCCCAGCCAUGGACAUUCCUGCUCUUCUUGGCUUGACAGUGGACUUUAAAUACAUUUGGGGGGAAAUUGUUUUCACAGAUAUUGUUAGAUGGAAAUAGCAGCUAACUAAACUCUAUUUACUAUCUUCUAAGCCACUGUUUGUCUCUGCUUGAUCCUGUUGAUGUGACGGCUGAUAUGAUUUCUUGCACAAGAUGUCGUCUUGUAUUUCUUCUUGUGAGGCCAGCGUGUCAAUGAUGUGUGAUGGCUGUUGACUGUCAACAUGUCAAUAUACGGGAACAUCCUCUGACAUUGAUGAGUGAAGUGGCAGUGAACCUGUUUCAGUGAAUGUCAUAGAUCCUGGGAGAAUAGACAAGACCCAGGCUGAGAGCAGGCAUAUUGGGUGAGAGUGGCUUGGUUGGAAAAGGAUGUUUGUCCCUUUCCUUAUCUCCCAAAUUGAUCAUCUGCACAGAGAUAAGAGGGGGGGUUAGUGUGAGUUGAGUGAGUGUGCGGACAAACACUCGGGGGGAAAUAGCCUUCUCAUUAGGACCCCAGCCAUGGCCACCACUGUUUUUCCCCUCUUGAUGAACAAGUAAUGACAGCAGAACUAAAGAGCCGAGAGGAAGAGAGAGAGAGAGAGAGAGAGAGAGAGAGAGAGAGAGAGAAAGAGAAAAAGAAAGGGAGAAAGAUGAAAUAGGAUUUAGACGAGCGCACACAGGAGUUUUUAGGAGAACAGAGAUGGCGAGAUGUAUUUCUGAGAACUCUUGCGAUGCAGCCAAUAAAGAAACAAAUGAUGCCUUGGGCCAUUAUUCUGACUGUUAUCUCUGGUCACAGAGACAUGAAUUUAAAUGUGCAUGUCUGUGUUUUGAGCUUUAUUCCUACCUACUCUCAGCCGCUUGACUAUUUAGUACUGUUACACGCAUAAAGAAACCACUGCGCUAUGACUGCGAUGUAAUGUACUGGGGUUUGGCUUUUCAGAUCAUUUUGUUGCGGUGUACCUGGCAUGACUAAAAAUUCGAUAUUAUACACAAGGGCUGACAUCAGUUAAAAUUGGAAUUGUAAUACUCUGAACAAAAUGACGUACAUCCAGUUGGCAUGCAUAUGUAAAGAAAAAUGUUGUACACAUUUGACCAGGAGACCUGGAAAAGUGUGAUGAUCUAUGGUAGCUAAAUGUCUGAUUUAAUUGUGAGUAUAGAAUAAAAAAAUGCAUGCAGCAUUUCAACAAAUGUUAUGGGACAGAAAGUCUUAUUUAUGUGUACAAUACAUACGGAGAAUACAGAUACACGAGUUGUUCAUGAAAGAUACUGAUGAAUGCACUAUUUCAUAGUUCAUGUUAACCUAAACUGCAUAUUUUAUGUCAGAUUUUCAAACUUGCCUGAUCUAUUUGUACUCAAUCUUGUUCAAGAGAGUAGGAUUGUUUAUCUGCUCAAGUAUAAAAAUUACUUUCACAUUCAGCACGACAAAGAAACAAGUUCUGGCCUGUUUAAACCUCUGAUUUCAUAUAUGAAACAUAUGUGAUUUGUUUCUUGAUAUUUGUCACCAGUACGUGUUCCCUGAAUGCAUUUUCAGACCAUGCUGCUAUUCCUUGCCUAUCUAUAUGACUGUUCUUUGUGCUUGAGAUCUCUCUCUCAUUAAUGCCAAGAUAUUAUCAAUUAACUGAAUAUUUUCCUUAUAUCUCUAUUUUGUUGUGAUUGAUAUAUGUAAAGAUAUAAAAUAUACAGUCCUGGUUUCUGUAAAGACCAGUAUAUGGUGACUUUUUUAUGACCAUUUUUAUGAAAAAAUGUGUAUGACAAAAUGUUGCUGUUCCCAAACUAAGCUGUUAAAGUAUAUUGUAACUUCAGGUAUAUCGUGUGUAUACCUCUUUGAAUGUCUAUUGGAAUAUACCUGGAAUAAAGCUGUGCUAUAACAUA